AUGUUGCCUGGGUUAUGUGUUCGUGGCUGGAUUGUGAUGUGUUUCAUCUCGAUCCUUCUCUUCACCGCCGUCGCUGCUCCAGCUGCUUACAUCUCCAAAACACGCUGGCGUACGAUCUAUGUCGCUGUUGCCACGCCAGUGGUGUGGGUCAUCUACAAUGCUGUGCUCUACUUAAUUCUCUACCGUCCUAUGGUGCGCUGCGCGAGCAUGCUGAGGUGCGGUGCGUUCUGCAAGACGAAGCAUGCCGACGGUACAAGCAACGUGAAACUCUUCACGAAGGAGAUGUACCAGCUGAACAAUGCCUUGCACGCCCUCAAGUGUGAGACGGCAGAGAUUAGGGCUGCGACGACGCUGAUCAAUCAGCAGCUUGAUGGGCAUAUGGGGGACGGCUCGCAUCACGAGGUCAACAGUCCUAUCACAGUGCUGACGCCGGCGAUGUAUUUGCAAUGA